AUGGCGGCGGAGCAGCCCCAGCGCGUGCGGAGCGCAGCCCGACCGGCGGACGCGCAACCGCUGUCGCCCAGGGCCCUCGGCGCCCAAGAGGCGUUCGGCCGCGCCCCGGGGCCGGGGCUGGGGCCGGGGCUGGCGCCGGGGCUGGCGGGCAAGGGCGGCGACGAGGGCACGGACAUCGAGGAGGCGCUGGCCCUCACAGGGUACGGCCUGUUCAACGUGGCGCUGCUGCUGAGCGGCGUGCUGUCGGCGCUCAGCCACCAGGGCAACACGGCCAUGCUGUCGUACCUGCUGCCGGCGGCUGAGUGCGACCUGGGGCUGACGCCCGCCACCAAGGGCGUGCUGGCCGCCACGCCCUACGCCGGCAUGCUGUGCAGCGCUCUCACCUGGGGCUUCCUCUCCGACACGGUGGGGCGCCGCCGCCUGCUCGUCGCGCUCUACCUCCUGGACGGCGCCGUCAACCUCGCGUCCAGCCUCACGCAGGCCUUCUGGCUGCUGCUGCUGCUGCGCUUCGUCGGCGGCUUC